AUCAAACAGCUGCUUUCCUAUUGGCUGACAGGGAUGCUGGGAUGCUGCGCUGCCUGCAACGUCAUCUGACCGGCAGCACGUUUAUCUACCUCACCGGCUCAACAUUCGUCCUAGGAAUGAGGCAAGUGCUGAUUUUGAGAAACACAGCUGCCACGCUCUGAAGACCGGACGCAGGUGAAGUCGAGACAGGACGUUCUCUGCCCGCAUCCGCAGCGCACCAUGAGGGAAAUCGUUCACCUCCAGGCCGGCCAGUGCGGAAAUCAGAUCGGGGCCAAGUUCUGGGAAGUGAUAAGUGAUGAGCACGGCAUCGAUCCCACUGGUAGUUACCAAGGUGACAGUGACCUGCAGCUGGAGAGGAUAAAUGUCUACUACAAUGAAGCCUCAGGGAGUACAGGCAGCAAAUUUGUCCCCCGUGCAAUUCUGGUUGACCUCGAGCCAGGAACCAUGGACUCAGUCCGCUCCGGGCCCUUCGGGCAGCUCUUCAGGCCUGACAACUUUGUCUUUGGUCAAAGUGGAGCAGGAAACAACUGGGCAAAGGGUCAUUACACUGAGGGAGCCGAGCUGGUGGACUCGGUCCUGGACGUGGUGAGGAAGGAGUCAGAGAACUGCGACUGCCUCCAGGGCUUUCAGCUUACUCACUCACUGGGCGGAGGCACAGGUUCAGGAAUGGGUACGCUCCUCAUCAGCAAGAUCCGUGAGGAGUACCCUGACCGCAUCAUGAACACCUUCAGCGUCAUGCCUUCUCCAAAAGUGUCCGACACUGUGGUGGAGCCAUACAACGCCACUCUUUCUGUCCACCAGCUUGUGGAAAACACAGAUGAGACCUUCAGUAUCGACAACGAGGCCCUGUACGAUAUCUGCUUCCGCACCCUGAAGCUGACAACCCCUACCUACGGAGACCUCAACCACCUGGUGUCAGCCACCAUGAGCGGUGUGACCACUUGCCUCCGCUUCCCUGGACAACUGAACGCUGACCUCCGUAAACUAGCUGUCAACAUGGUGCCCUUCCCCCGCCUGCAUUUCUUCAUGCCAGGGUUUGCACCCCUCACAAGCAGGGGCAGCCAGCAGUAUCGUGCUCUCUCUGUCCCAGAGCUGACACAGCAAAUGUUUGACGCCAAGAACAUGAUGGCGGCCUGCGACCCUCGUCACGGACGCUACCUGACCGUGGCAGCCAUCUUCCGUGGGCGUAUGUCGAUGAAGGAAGUGGAUGAACAGAUGUUGAGCGUGCAGAACAAGAACAGCAGCUACUUCGUCGAGUGGAUUCCAAACAACGUCAAGACAGCAGUUUGCGACAUCCCUCCACGCGGCCUAAAGAUGUCUGCCACUUUCAUCGGCAACAGCACGGCCAUUCAGGAGCUGUUCAGAAGGAUCUCCGAGCAGUUCACGGCUAUGUUCCGCCGCAAAGCCUUCCUGCACUGGUACACCGGAGAGGGAAUGGAUGAAAUGGAGUUCACAGAGGCUGAGAGCAACAUGAACGACCUGGUGUCCGAGUACCAGCAGUACCAGGACGCCACUGCUGACGAGAUGGGCGAAUAUGAAGAGGAUGAAAUGGAGGAUGAGGAAGAAGUCCGCCAUGAUGUUCGCCACUGAUGAAAGCACUGACAUGACACUGAGCGAACCAGUUCGUCAAAAUUGUAAUUGUUGUUGGACAGUGAGAUCAUAAAAAGUACACUAGCAGUGUAGGUGUUCAACAUAUGGCGGAGUGCAUUUCAUGAUGAAAUACAGCUUUUUGGCUAAACUUAUAUCACAUUUAGAUAUGGCUUCUACAGAUAAAGAUUAUGAGUGGCGUUAGAACUUAAAAAAUAUGCAAGCACCAUCAUUAGCGGUUUUCAAAGUCAUGCUAUGCCAAUAACAAGUACAGUCUUGUCCUAAUACAGUUUUUUAACAUUUACUCCCACGUUUAUUCACUGUCUCAAGUCUUGAAUAAAUUAGUCCUGACAAUA